AUUGUUGUUGACGUUUCACAAGCUUUCGUGCUUAGGAAUUUGUGAUUUUCUAUCAUUUUCUCAGAUUUAUUUACAAAGAAAAGCAUAGAAAAAGUAAUGUCUAAUUACACGGACUUAGUGAGCAAGAUCGGGAAAGACUCGUCAAGGGCUGCUUGCAAAAAGUGUGGUUAUGCAGGGCACCUUACAUUCCAAUGUAGAAACUUUAUUAAAGUGGACCCUAACAAAGAGAUAGUCCUAGAUGUGAGCAGUACGAGCAGUGACAGUGAGGAGGAGUAUGCUACACCACUACAAAGUCUGCGUGAGGCUGAGCUGCGGCAGAAACUGCAGGAGAAGCUCAGGAAAGCCAAGGAGAAGAAAGAAAAGAAAAAGAGGAAGCGAUCCAAAUCAUCAAGUUCAUCCUCCAGCACCAGUAGUUCAUCAUCAUCUUCAUCCACAUCAUCAGACAGCAGUGAAUCAGAGAAGGAAAGGAAGAAGAAACAUAAAAAGAAGAAAUCCAAGAAGUCGAAGAAAUCUCACAAAGAACGAAAGAAGAGUAGAAGAUAGUGUUUAAGAAUUUUAGCUUGAAUUUAUUACUAAAGGCUGAAUAAAUUAGUUGACUAAGGAUCUUUUACACAAUUUGUAUCUCAAUUUUAGUUGUAAUUGCUGUAAUGUGCUAUUCAUAUGAAUGUCCCCGGAAACUCUGGAAAUGUUCCUGGCAGUAAAAAGGCGCAAAACUAAUGUAAAAAGGGUAUCAUUUAAGCUAUCACCAAUUUAAUUAGUUUUGUGUUUCUUAAAUAAUAGGGUUUGUCCUCAAAAUAGUAGAUCUGUCACCAAAAUGUAGUCACCAAACAAUGCAAAAUCAGUUCCACAAUAAAUCACCUAAAAUCCUGAGAUAUAAGGUCUAGUACCAAAUAAAUGUUUUUGUAUGUAUUAUAAUAGGUGUGUCCUAAUAAGUAUUUAAACAAACUAAUUUAAAGAGAUUACCAAUAAAUCAUAUUAUGUUACUAGAAAAUUGCAUUAAGUUCAAAUAAAAAAUUAGGGUUGUCAUCAUCGUUUCAACCAAAAGAUUCUGCUACUUAACUAGACUCCCAAGGUUCUAAAUUUCCACUGGUAGUAUAAAUUAUAUUUAGCAGAGUAGUAAAUAAAACAAUUUAAGUCAAUAUAAUCAAUAUUUAUUGUUUAAAAUAAUUACCACUGAACAAUCAGCGCUGGUUUAAAAUAGCUGGCUUAUGGCACGCCGCCCGCGUCGCGCAUCGUGUGAUCGAACCUAGUUACCUACUACCCAUCGUUGAGGCCGGAUUAGUCAAUUUUUAGAGCGUGCCAAUUUGUCUCCGCCCCUUUGAUCAUUUUUUCAUUAAAAUUAUAAAUUGAUGUAUUAAAUUGGUAACGAAUACUAUUAAUUUAAUAUCUGAACGAAAUAAAAUGUUACUACUGUAUUGGUGACAAAAUAUCAAAUAAAAAGGAGUCGCAGUCAGGGAUCGAUAAUCGAUUUAUUUGGUGACAGAUCUACCAUUCUGAGCACAGAGUUAUUAUUUAAGUAACAAAACUGUUAUUAUAAGAACGAAGUUUAUAUUCAUGUAAUGCAAUAUAAUUUUAUUGGUUAUCGAUCUCUUAUUUUACACAUAUAUUAACAUUAAUUUGAUAAUUCAUACCUGGGAACAAUUUUUGUUUAUCUGAGAACGAAAAUAUUUCGUGGCGAUAGAUCUAUUUAUUAGGUGAUACAUCUUGAUGACAAAUAUAAAUUUUGGUGAUAGAAAAUAUAGUCCCCAUGUAAAAAGAGCUUUGUAGCCUAACCUUCAGGUAGAUAAGACCAGAGAACAAUUUUAAAAAUAAAAGUAUUCAAUGUCCUUACUUCUCCACCAACCCGCAGUGGAGCAGCGUGGUGGAGUAUGCUCCAUACCUCCUCCGGUUGAUUGAGGGGAGGCCUGUGCCCAGCAGUGGGACGUAUAUAGACUGUUUAUGUAAUGUCCUUACUAUUAAAGAGUUUUUACAAUGGGAACAGUCCCAGUUUGGGAACAUUCCUGGGGUAGACACAUCACUGAUAAUAUGUUGUAAUGGAAAUAAUACUUGUUAAUAUACAGCAAUAAGCAAUAAUUUAGAGAUUAGCAUGUAUUGAUCACAUCCCACAAUUUUACUAUGUUUUUUACUUAUAAAUACUAGUGUGGUGACUGUAUAGUAUAUAUUAUGUUAUUUAUUUAAAGCCUUUUUUCAGUCAGUGUUUUUUUUCCAAUCUUGUGUGCCUAAGGCACACAGAUUGGUUAUCAUAGAUAUUAGAUUGAGGAAAAACUUUAAAUGUAACUAUCUGAAAAAAGGCCUCCCUGUCAACUAACCCUGUUUUGUCUCUUUAAGUUCUUAUUACUUAUUUUAUUGAUUCUUCUUUUCUUUAUGAUACUUCUUUCCAUGGCUCUCUUGAGUUAUACUUAAUCUUUGACAUUGUGCUUUGGUGAUAGUAUAGGUAAUAGAAAACAAAUAAAAGCCAUAGCAAGUUUUAACAAGUGCCGAAUAAAUAAAUAUUUAUGUACAAAUAAAUUGCCUUUAUGCUGUUAUUAUGUAAUGGAUAAUAUACUUUUAAUAAAAUCAGAGUUGAUUUAGAA